AUGAGCGUCUCAGACAGCCCACGCCGUCCCGCGGACCUGGAGAGCGGCUCUCUUCCGGCCCAGAAGGACUGCCUUGGACUCCCGUUGCCCGCCCCGAGAGCCCCCUCCUGGCCUCCCUCCCCAGACGAGGAUCCCAGUUUGCCUUCCUUUCCUCUGGAAGAGCCUGGCCCCAGGCCCAUGGGCCCAGGGAACCUUCCCUCUCCAGCCCUGUCCCUAGAGGAAGAAGAGGACGGGGACGACGAGGAUGCGGCGGAGCCCGAGGGACUGCGCAGCGAGGAGCACCCGAGCCAGUUUUUUGCCGAGGCGCAGCGGCUGCGGGAGCAGAGGCUGUUGCUGGACGAAGAGGUGUCAGUCGCGGGGCGGGUAUACGGGGUGCAUCGGGUGAUCCUGGCCGCGGUCAGCAGCCUCUUCCGAGGCAGGCUGCUGGAGGGCGGAGGUCCGCGGCCCCCCUUCCGCCUCGAUGCGUCCCCGAGGGGCUGGGAGGCCGUGCUGACCUUUGCCUACGAGGGGGUGCUGGGCGCCGCCCCGCUGGGGGAUGUGCUGGCCGCAGCCGAGGCUCUGGGGGCGCCCCGGGUGAGGGCCGCUGCCCAGCGGAGAUGCGAGGCGGCUGAGAACAACAGGGAAGAUGAAAAGCAGCUCAGACAGGCGGAGGAGCUGAGGGAGAACCUGCGCGAAAUUGAGCUCCUGUACCGAGAGGGCGUCGGGUGUGACCUGAGGCUGGAGGCAGGCGACUGCCAACUGUGGGUGCACCGAGCAGCCCUGGCCUGUGGCAGUGAGUUCUUUGGGGCCAUGCUCCUCAGUGGGAUGAGGGAAUCCCAGGGCACGGAGGUGUCUCUGCGUACCAUCUCUACCCAGGACCUGCAACUCCUCGUCUCUUUUGCCUACUCCGGGGUUGUGCGGGCAAGGUGGCCAGGACUGCUGAGAGCUGCUCAGGCUGCUCUGCAGUACCAGUGCUCUUCCUGCCUGGAUUUGUGUCAGAAAGCCUUGGCUCGGGGGCUCAAUCCUGCCCGUUGCCUGGCCCUGUUCCCCAUGGCUGAAGCCCCUGGGAUGGAGAGGCUCUGGAGCAAAGCUCGUCACUACCUCCUCACCCACCUGCCUGCUGUAGUUUUGUGUCCAGCUUUCCCUUCUUUACCAGCUGUCUGCCUGACUGAGCUCCUGGACAGUGAUGAGCUCCAUGUGCUGGAGGAGCUUGAGGCCUUUGUGGCUGCACGGUGUUGGCUAGCGGCCAACCCUGAGACCCAGGAGUCAGAGGCCAAGGCCCUGCUGCAGUGUGUCCGCUUUGGCCGCAUGUCCACAAGGGAGUUGCGGAGGGUGCGGACAGCUGGGCUACCCCCACCCUUGCCCCCACACCUGCUGCACCAGCUGAUGGUAGAGUCUGAGGUUCCAGGCAGAGAGAGGCGGCGGGAGCCUGACCGGGCACUAGUAGUGAUUGGUGGGGAUGGGCUCAAACCAGAUAUGUCCCUAAGACAGCCAUCCCGAGGAGUGUGGUGGGCCCGAGCCUUUUGCUGUGGCAUGGGACUGGUACGAACCGUGGAGUGGGGGCGGCUGCCUGCCCUGCCUGCCCCAGGGCGCUUCCGGCAUGGGGCUGCAAGUCUGGCAGGAAAUGAACUAUAUGUGUGCGGGGGACAGGAUUUCUACAGUCACACCAACACCCUGGCUUCAACUCUCAGGUGGGGGCCCAGUCAAGAGGACUGGGAGGAGAUGGCUCCUUUGUGCCAAGCUCGGAGCUUUUUUCCCCUGGUGGCGCUGGAUGGACAACUUUAUGCCCUGGGUGGAAGAGACAAUGGUGUUGCCCUCAGCUCUGUGGAGACCUAUGACCCUGAGCUCAAUAUCUGGAGGCCAGCACCUGCACUUCCAGUACCAUGCUUUGCCCAUGCAGCUGUCAUUUUGGAGGGCCAGUUGUACGUGAGCGGUGGCUGUAAUGGGACUGGCCAAUACCUGGGCUCAUUGCUGCACUAUGACCCCAAACUUGAGAAGCCAAGGACAUUUCUGAGCCCUAUGGGGAUACCUCGGGCUGCCCAUGUCAUGGCUGCUCUGGGUGGGCGGUUGUAUGUGGCAGGUGGGCUAGGUGAGACUGGGGACCUGCUGAGCUUCGAGUCCUAUGAACUAAAGACUGAUAGUUGGACUCACUUGGCACCCCUGCCCUCCCCCCAUGUCGGGGCUGCAGGUGCAGUGCUUCAGGGGGAGCUGCUGGUGCUGGGGGGCUAUAGUCACCGUACUUAUGCCCUCUCCCACCUUAUUCAUGCCUACUGUCCUGGCCUGGGCCGAUGGCUCUGCCUGGGAACUCUGCCAAGGCCUCGGGCUGAGAUGCCUGCCUGUAUCCUGACACUGCCCACUGUGCAGCACAUAGCUUUGGUUUCCACCUUGCACCAAACCAAAUCUGCUGGGUGAAGGGGGAGCAGCAGUGUAUGGGGGAAGGGGAGG